GGUCAUGAUCCCAGCAUGCACUGGGGCAAUGAACUGAAGACAGCGUGUGACGCUCAGCAGCAGCAGGUUGUAGUCUGCUCGUUAGCUGAACGCAGGCCACCUGUGCAGGUUCACAGCCAGCUCUUCUUCUCACUGCAGCGGCUCCAGCGCUGCUCCGUCGCUGCUCUCGGCUCCUGGUGCAGCAUGUGUUCUGGCGUCAGUGUGAGGUCGCUCCUCUUCUCGCUGCUGUUCGCUGGGCAGCUGGCUACAGCGUUUCGCUACAGAAGGGCAGAUCCCGAUAAAGCGAACGCUGAGCGGAGCUGGACCUUUCCUCAGAGACACCAGCCCGCUUUGCUGCGAUCCAGGGUCAAUGCUGCACAGCACAGUCUCCCUGAUGGCUCGUCUGAGGCUCUGAGUCCUGCUGUAGGUUCUGUAGGUUCUUAUGGACGACUCAAAGGUGGUUCCAGGAUGGUGAGCCGGGUCUUUGGCUACAGGCCUGGUUCAGUCACAGACACCAUGGACCUGUGGAGGUUUGUGUUGCCACCGAUGCAGAAGGGGAACCUGUACCCGCUGGGUGUUGUGUCCAGUCAUGCCAUUAGGAUGACGUCAGGUCACCAGUCUGAAGCCAAGGCCCAGCAGCCAAACCCCCCGUCCCAGCAUCAAGGGUUCCAGCUGAUCCCAGCAGGCAGAACACCGCAGCCGAGCUUCCCCGCGCUCAUCCCCCAGCUGCCGGGCUCGUCCAACAGCUGGGCCGGGCAGGCGCCGGCUUCGCCACACAGCAACCGCUUCCAUACAGGCGUCGCUUCAAGUCGUGGAAUUGUCAUGCGUGGAGGUCCAAGGCCCGAGGCCCAGGACCCCCCGGCUCGGACCCAAAGCAAAGCUGGCAAGUGGGACGUUCCCUGGAAAGGAGCGCUUGGUUCUGUGGCGCAGUUACCCGACUUCCUGCCAAGGGUUCCCAAUGCAGAGGCUGCUGGGUACCGCGCUGGGUGAGCGUUUGGACCGGCGCUGCCGGCGUUUGGACCGGCGCCGCCGGCGUUUGGACCGGCGCUCCUCAACGUGCACGCUUUCCUCUUCAACAUGUUUGUGGCAUUAAAGUGUUUGUUCUGCUCUCGC